ACUGCCUUGCCGUGGCGAAGGGGCUUGAAGAACUCAGAGAAGCUAUGAACUAUGCCGAGCAGGGCACCCAAGAUGAACAGGUCAUAGUGGAGAGUUUUGACCAAACGUGAUCCACCUGGAGGAGGAACCGGCAAGCCACUCCAGUAUCCCUGCCAAGAAAACUCCAUGGACAAAGACAACAGGCAUAUAAAAGUUAUGACGCUGGAAGAUGAGCCCCUCAGGUCGGAAGGCGUCCAACAUGCUACUGGGGAAGAGCGGAGGGCAAGUACAAGUAGAUCCAGAGCUGAUGAAGCGGCUGGGCCAAAGCCGAAAGGACGCUCAGUUGCGGAUAUGCCUGGAAGCGAAAGGAAAGUCCAAUGCUGUAAAGAAAAAUAUUGCAUAGGAACCUGGAAUGUAAGAACCAUGAACCUGGGUAAGUUGGAGGUGGUCAAAAAUGAGAUGGCAAGAAUAAAUAUUGACAUCCUGGGCAUCAGUGAACUAAAAUGGACGGGAAUGGGUGAAUUCAGUUCGGAUGACCAUCAUAUCUACUACUGUGGGCAAGAAACCCGUAAAAGAAAUGGAGUGGCCCUCAUAGUCAACAAAAGAGUGGCGAAAGCUGUACUGGGAUGCAAUCUCAAAAAUGAUAGAAUGAUCUCGAUACGAAUCCAAGGCAGACCUUUUAACAUCACAGUAAUCCAAGUUUAUGCACCAACUACUGGUGCUGAAGAAACUGAAAUAGACCAAUUCUAUGAAGACUUACAACACCUUAUAGAAGUGACACCAAAGAAGGAUGUCCUUCUCAUUAUAGGGGAUUGGAAUGCUAAAGUAGGGAGUCAAGAGAUAAAAGGAACAACUGGCAAGUUUGGCCUUGGAGAUCAAAACAAAGCAGGGCAAAGGCUAAUAGAGUUCUGUCAAGAGAACAAGCUGGUCAUCACAAACACGCUUUUCCAACAACACAAGAGACGACUCUACACAUGGACAUCACCAGAUGGGCAGCAUCAAAAUCAGAUUGAUUAUAUUCUCUGCAGCCAAAGAUGGAGAAGCUCUAUACAGUUAGCAAAAACAAGACCUGGAGGUGACUGUGGCUCAGAUCAUCAGCUUCUUAUAGCAAAAUUCAAGCUUAAACUGAAGAAAGUAGGAAAAACCACUGGGCCGGUAAGAUACAAUCUAAGUCAAAUCCCUUAUGAAUACACAGUGGAAGUGAGGAACAGGUUUAAGGAUUUAGAUUUGGUGGACAGAGUGCCUGAAGAACUAUGGAUGGAGGCUCGUAACAUUAUACAGGAGGCAGCAACGAAAACCAUCCCAAUGAAAAGGAAAUGCAAGAAAGCAAAGUGGCUGUCCAAUGAGGCCUUACAAAUAGCGGGGGAGAGAAGGCAAGCAAAAUGCGAGGGAGAUAGUGAUAGAUACAGGAAAUUGAAUGCAGAUUUCCAAAGAAUAGCAAGGAGAGACAAGAAGACCUUCUUAAACGAGCAAUGCAAAGAAAUAGAGGAAAUAGAAUGGGAAGAACCAGAGAUCUGUUCAAGAAAAUUGGAGAUAUGAAAGGAACAUUUCGUACAAAGAUUUCCAUAAUAAAGGACAAAAGUGGAAAGGACCUAACAGAAGCAGAAGACAUCAAGAAGAGGUGGCAAGAAUACACAAAGGAAUUAUACCAGAAAGAAAUGGAUGUCUCGUAUACCCCAGGUAGUGUAGUUGCUGACCUUGAGCCAGACAUCCUGGAGAGUGAAGUCAAAUGGGCCUUAGAAAGCACUGCAAAUAACAAGGCCAGUGGAAGUGAUGGUAUUCCAGCUGAACUAUUUAAAAUUUUAAAAGAUGAUGCUGUUAAGGUGCUACACUCAAUAUGCCAGCAAGUUUGGAAAACUCAGCAGUGGCCAGAAGAUUGGAGAAGAUCAGUCUACAUCCCAGUCCCAAAGAAGGGCAGUGCCAAAGAGUGCUCCAACUACCGCACAAUUGCACUCAUUUCACACGCUAGCAAGGUUAUGCUUAAAAUUCUACAAGGAAGGCUCAAGCAGUAUGUGGACCGAGAACUCCCAGAAGUGCAAGCUGGAUUUAGAAGAGGCAGAGGAACCAGAGACCAAAUUGCAAACAUGCGCUGGAUUAUGGAGAAAGCUAGAGAGUUCCAGAAAGACAUCUACUUCUGCUUCAUUGACUAUGGCAAAAGCCUUUGACUGUGUCGACCACGGCAAACUAUGGCAAGUUCUUAAAGAAAUGGGAGUGCCUGAUCACCUCAUCUGUCUCCUGAGAAAUCUCUAUGUGGGACAAGAAGCUACAGAUGUCAAUAUUUAUUCUUGCCAUCUCAUUUUUGACCACAUCCAACUUACCAAGGUUCAUGGUUCUUACAUUCCAGGUUCCUAUGCAAUAUUUUUCUUUACAGCAUUGGACUUUCCUUUCACUUCCAGGCAUAUCUGCAACUGAGCGACCUUUCGGCUUUAGCCCAGCCACUUCAUCAGCUCUGAAUCUACUUGUACUUGUCCUCCACUCUUCCUCAGUAGCAUGUUGGACACCUUCUGACCUGAGGGGCUCAUCUUCCAGCGUCAUAAUUUUUAUAUGCCUGUU